AUGGCCCGGCUCCCGGGGCACCCGGAGGUCCCCGGCCCAGAGCUUGGCAGCACAGGCCGGGGAGGCAGAGGCGGUCGAGCGGCCCGGGCGCGACAUGUCAUUAUCAACGUCGGGGGCUGCAGGGUGCGGCUGGCCUGGGCCGCGCUGGCCCGCUGUCCCCUGGCUCGCCUCGAGCGCUUGCGAGCCUGCCGCGGCCACGACGAGCUGCUGCGUGUGUGUGACGACUACGAUGUAAGCCGCGACGAGUUCUUCUUCGACCGCAGCCCGUGCGCUUUCCGCGCCAUCGUGGCGCUGCUGCGUGCUGGCAAGCUGCGGCUGCUGAGGGGCCCGUGCGCCCUGGCCUUCCGCGACGAGCUAGCCUACUGGGGCAUCGACGAGGCGCGGCUGGAACGCUGCUGCCUUCGUCGCCUGCGCCGCGAGGAAGAGGCCGCCGAGGCGUGCUCAGGGCCACCCAGCUGCGGACCACAGGGGAGCCCAGCGCAUGCCCUGGGGACAGGGCGGCUAGAGCGGGGCCGACGGCGCCUGCGCGAUGUGGUGGAGAACCCGCAUUCCGGGCUGGCAGGCAAGCUCUUCGCCUAUAUCUCGGUGGCCUUCGUGGCUGUCACAGCCGUCGGCCUGUGUCUGAGCACUAUGCCUGACAUCAGAGCAGAAGAGGAACGGGGCGAAUGCUCCACAAAGUGCCGCAACCUGUUCGUGCUGGAGACAGUGUGCGUGGCCUGGUUCUCCUUCGAGUUCCUGCUGCGCUCCCUGCAGGCCGAGAGCAAGUGCGCCUUCCUGCGGACUCCGCUUGCCAUCAUCGACAUCCUAGCCAUCCUACCCUUCUACGUGUCGCUGCUCGCGGGGCUGGCGGCAGGGCCCACGGGCAGCAAGAUGCUGGAGCGCGCGGGGCUGGUGCUGCGGUCUCCAGCGUCCCCGCCAGCUACUGGUGGGCCGUCAUCUCCAUGACCACCGUGGGCUAUGGAGACAUGGUGCCGCGCAGCCUUCCGGGCCAGGUGGUGGCGCUGAGCAGCAUCCUCAGCGGCAUCCUACUCAUGGCCUUCCCUGUCACCUCCAUCUUCCACACCUUCUCCCGCUCCUACUCGGAGCUCAAGGAGCAGCAACAGCGUGCAGCCAGCCCUGAGCCGGUCCUGCGUGAGGACAGCACGCACGACGAUAGCAUGCAUUCGGCUAGCGCCACCGAGGACAGCUCGCAGGUCCCCGAGAGGGCAGGCGCAGCAGGAAGCUCACCAGGUCGGAUGGGACCCUAA